AAAUAAUUUAUUUGAUACAUUUAAUAGAUUUAAUACCUUCAAAAUUAGUUUCUGAUAGCUUCUUUCUCAUAUUGUAAACAAUAAUGAGUUCAUCACCCAAUUCCGACGAGGACCGUAAACUCGACUUUAGUCCACUGCUGUUGGCCAGUGGGAACCGAAAAAGUGCAUUUCUUCCGUAUAAACCAACAAACACAGUACUCACUAACCUACAGCGGGGUAAUACUGAGGCUAACAUUCCCAGUGAAAUUUGUUUGAACUUUCACGAAAAAACCGGGCAAGGUGAAAUCACAGAAGAACAAGUUCGUUUGGAAAAAUCAGUAGAUAAUGUGGAUUCUAAUAAUUUUACACCCCUCCAUUGGGCUUGUUAUUAUGGUCAACUCUCUGCUGCCCAAAUACUUAUAAAUUGCGGUGCGGAUGUUGACCGUUCUGCAGUCGAUAUGAUUACUCCGCUACUGCUGGCUGCGUCCGGCGGUCACCAUGAAAUCGUUCGAUUGCUACUGCAGAAAGGGGCAAACGCGAACCAUAUGGACAUAGUCGGUAAUACGGCACUGAUGUACGCCGCAGCGGGAAACCACCCGCAUACGUGCAAUGAGUUGCUAAGCCGGAGUGCAAAUUUUACGGACAGUAACGAGGACGGAGAAACUGCCUACAGUCUUGCGGUAAAAAAUCAAGCUUGUUUGUCUCAGGCCGUUUUGGAGAGCUAUAUCACGGCGUUGUUAAUGUCGUAGCAUAAGUUAACAUCCAAUCGGUAAGUAGAGAUUGGUUUUUCUAUGUGUACCUACCUAUGAUCAAACUUUAAGUUGUGUCUAUCAAAUUAGUG